GAGCAGAAAAAGCAACAAAUCCAUUCAGGUAAACUACUGGCAGAUUCGGAGGGCUCCAGCCUCCUCUACAUAACGAGGGAUUGAUCAGACCUCAUCUAUAUGUAGCUGAUUUGAAGGGAAGCAUUUGCGCAAUUAUUCAUCUUUCCUCUCUCCCAGUUUGUGAAGCUGCAUAAGCUUGUGCUUUUCGAGCAAAUGUCUCCUCCUACAUCUUCUGCUGUUCUAUCUUGUUUCCCGGAUAGUGUUGUUACGGCAAAUGAGCUUCCUGCACAAAAUGGUUUUGCUGCAUCUAAAAUUUCGGAUAUCAUGAUUAGUAAUGCCAGUGGAAACCUAGAUUCUGUUCUGGUAAAUUCAGGUCCUGUUGAAGCCUCAGCUUGUAAGGGGAUGCAAAAGCAAGAAGCAAGUGUUGCUAGAAGUCGCCCAACUUUGUUGAAUUUCUUUCAUUUCUUUAGAUCACUUGGUAGAGUGAAUCUUGAGAGUGCAAAUUGCGUUAGACCCCCAAAACCUCCACCCGCUAAAACGUGUAGCACCUUGAAAACCAAAACAGACCUCUCUGAUCAGACUGAUUUGCAAUUUGCUAAGAUUGAACACGUACGAGCUACGGAUAAGACUCAUGAGGAGCUGUUCACCCGUGACGAGCCCAAUAUUUCUUUGAGAGAUGGCCCCAACCCCAAUCUCUAUGCGCAAUUUAUUUAUCCAGAUGCGAAAAAAGGAGUCCGAGGAGGAGAUACAGCUGUUGAAGCUGGGGUUGCUUGCUCUUCUGUGUGCUCUGGCUAUAGUCCAGAAAGAUCUUCAAAUGAUCAUUCAAAUAGCUUAAAAAGAAAAAAUCGCGAUGACGAGGAGUCUGGAUGCCCUAAUGAUGAUACAAAAAAUGAAUGUAAUAGUCUGAAUACAAUAGUUCCUGAUCAAAGAGGUUUAAGGUCAAAGAGAAGCCGAGCAGCUGAACUACUCAACCUAUCUCAAAGGCGGCGAAGGAACAAGAUUAAUGAAAAGAUGCGAGCACUACAGGAACUCAUUCCCAACUGCAAUAAGACGGAUAAAGCUUCAAUACUCGAUGAAGCUAUUGUGUAUUUGAAGACACUUCAACUUCAAGUGCAGAUUAUGUCGAUGGGAACAGGUUUUUGCAUGCCUCAAAUGAUGUACCCUGCGGGCAUGCACGCUGCUCAGAUGCAACAGUUUCCCCUGAUGGGCCUAGGGGUGGGGAUCAAUAUGGGAAUGAUAAUGGGUUUUGGCAUGCGUAUGCAAGCCAUGAAUGGUGGAUCCCCAAUACAAGCAACAUCUGAAGAUCUAUCACAUCCUUCCUUGGCCCAGAAAAGGUGAUCAACUACCUCAUGAUAGAGACAACACAUCCAUUUACUCGAGGAGCUCAACUGAUGUGUCUGGCCGCAAAGCUGGUUUUGAUUAGAAGAAGUCUACACUAAGAGCAAGAGACUGAUUUUGGUACUAUAAAACCCACUCAAUCCUUCCUCACGCUUGGGGAUGGGCUGGGGGCAGCCAUGUGCAGUUGUGCAGCCAUGCUGGAAGAAUUAAUUUGAUGCACUCCGCGUGUUACUUUGGGUGAGAACACAAUUGUGAACAUGUGCACACGGCAUUUGCUAGGCUUGACCCAGGUCAUUUAGUUCACGUGCUCUGGCGCCCCAAUCGCAAAACGACGAAGGUCAAUCUACGCGACACAUUCAUUUAUGAAUGAGCUUCUGAAAUUUGU